AUGUUCCUGCGACUGUCCGCUCUAUCUGGUACCGAAUAUGCUCCCGGAACCCAGGACGACAGGGCGGACAGGUGUCAUAACUCUCGCGAUGUUUAUGUCAAGUGUAUGAGAGAGACACGCAACAGAGGGCCUCGAGACUUGAGUGAUAAGGUUGCCUGGGAGGCUGAGCCACCGGUAUGCGAGGCUGAGCUCACUGUUCACGGCUCUUGUGUCGGCCAAUAUUUGAAGAACAGCAUCUUGAAACGUCGUCCUUAUCCAUUCUUGGACCCCUCCUAUACUGGUGGUGAAGACAACACUUACGCUGAUGACAAAUGUUUCGCAACCAGGGCCCAGUUUGAGAAAUGUAUGCUCAAGAAGGACAUCAAGGCCACUGACACAAGGUUCGUAUUUAAGGAUUUCGCCACCCACGAGACCAGUUUGGCGAAGCCGUAG